AUGCCCUACGUCCCAGAGCAAUGGUCAUUCGACGAUGUCGUCAAACUCACCAAAAUCAGCCCAGCCUACUGGCGAGCAACCUUCAACGCUCCCCCCUUGAACCUCUUCACGCCGCGAACCUACAAAGCCUUGCGCGUGCUUAUCGAGAUGCUUGAAAAUGACCGAGCCGUCAAGGUCAUCGUCUUCGAUAGCGCCUCUGAAGAGUACUUUAUCGCUCACUACGACCUGCUCGCCUCUGAAGGCAAAACCGAGGGCGAAGAAACUUCGGUCGUCUCCGACUGGGCAAACUUUGCGCUUCGCCUUGCGCGUGUUCCUGUCGUUAGCAUUGCGCAAGUAGCUGGCCGCGUUCGCGGUCACGGAAGCGAAUUCAUCCUCGCAUGCGACAUGCGCUUCGGCAGCAUUGAAAAGGCCAUCUUUGCACAGCCGGAAGCCGGUGCGGGGGUUCACUGUGGCGGAGGAGGCAUCGAAUGGCUCCCCCGUCUGGUCAAUCGCUCGCGAGCACUGGAGAUUCUCCUAGGCGGCGACGACAUUGAUGCCGUGACCGCUGCUCAAUACGGAUACAUCAAUCGAGCUAUCAAAGAUGCAGAGUUGUCUUCCUUUGUGGACAAUUUCGCGCGGAGGAUUGCGGGCUUUGAUCGGAAGCCUUUGCUGGAGACGAAGCGCGCGGUGAAUGACCGUGCGGGACUGCCGCGGCUUACGGAUCUUUUGGCGUCGAUGCAGGAUUUCGUGAGGGCUACGAAGUGGCCGGAGACGGAGAGGCGGGUGAAGACGCUGUUUGAGAUGGGGUUGCAGCAGGAUGGGCCUGGGGAGAGGGACUUGGGGAGGUUGCUUCAUGAGGCGUCGGUGAGGAUGUAUGGGAAUGAGGAGGAUAAGUGA